UAUAGUCAAGUUCAGCAAACUUUGUUUAGAUUUGAGCAGAAACCGCACGAAAAUGUCCAACAUUCAGACAUUCGACAGCUCGACAAAGUUAAGAAUAUGCGAAGAAGGAUACGACAUGACGAAACAGGAGUAUUAUUCAAAAAAGAGAUGCACUUUCUCGUGCUGCGACUGUUUCCAUAAAAAAUGUGCUUUUCGCGUGUGGCAUAUUUUGCUAUUCCUGUUUAUAAUAAUCGUCAUUAUUGGUGCACUAGUAGUUAUAAUCGCAAUGUUUGGCCCUGCCAGAAGUCCAGAUAUGAAAUACUCGAAAAGAAUCGGAUCAGACACUCCUGAAGGCGGCUGUAAAGGUGCUGAAGAGUCCACCACAGCACCAACAGAAUCUUCUGGCACAACCAAAGAAACGGACGUAAUCACAAAAGAGAAAGAGAAACCAACUUACCCUUCGUUUCCAUCGAAGGGAACUGAGCCGGAACCCAGUCAGACACCAACAACUCCUCAGGAAACAACGGUGAAAACUGAGCCUUCUUCUACUACUACAGAAACAAAAGCCAGUAUGAAACCUUUAACCGGCCCUCAAACGACGGUAAAAGUCACACCUACCACUGCAGCUCCCACCUCGGAGGCAACGACUCAAACCAUGACAGGACCUAAAACAACCCAGGAUACUACUACAGCAAAACCAAAAACCGCCGAAAAACCAACAACUACAGCACAACCAACAACCUCAGACAAAGCAACAACUACUUUUCCAUCAACUGCUGCUCCAACAACCACAGAUAAACCAUCAACUGCUGCUCCAACAACCACAGAAAAACCAUCAAUUGCUACUCCAACAACCGCGGAAAAACCAUCAAUUGCUGCUCCAACAACCACGGAAAAACCAUCAACUGCUGCUCCAACAACCACUGAAAAACCAACAACUACUGCUCCAACAACCACCGAAAAACCAUCAAUUGCUGCUCCAACAACCACAGAAAAACCAUCAACUGCUGCUCCAACAACCACAGAAAAACCGUCAACUGCUGCUCCAAUAACCACCGAAAAACCAACAACUACUGCUCCAACAACCACGGAAAAACCAUCAAUUGCUGCUCCAAAAACCACGGAAAAACCAUCAAUUGCUGCUAAAACAACCACGGAAAAACCAUCAACUGCUGCUAAAACAACCACAGAAAAACCAUCAACUGCUGCUAAAACAACCACAGAAAAACCAACAACUGUUGCUCCAACAACCACUGAAAUACCAACAAGUACGGCUCCAACAACCACCGAAAAACCAACAACCACUGCCGCAGUUACAGCUACUGCUGCAUCAACUGCUGGGCCAACAACGGCCGCACCGACCACGGACCCCCAAAGAAAUAUUUUAGAGUGCGACACAGCCAUAGUUGGAGCAGGUGCGGGUGGCUUAUUGGUGGCAUAUUCACUUUUUGACAAGACGAAUGAAACAAACGUCUGCGUCUUCGACACAGAGGACAGCGUUGAAAACAUUUAUGACCAUGUUUUUCCCCAAGUACCGGAUGUUGUAGUUGGCUUAGGGCAGUGGGACAUUUCCGCUGACAACUAUGCAGAAAUGGACCUUUUAAAUCAUUUAUUCAACGACAAUGACGUCUUGUGGAACCCAAAAACUAAACACGUCGAAGCUCGUGGACAGUUUGCUAAUAGCUUUGAUGAUUUGAAGUUAAAUGCCUUUCCAACUUUACGGGACCGUGCGCCACUCAGGAAUCAGACACUCAUGGAAACUGCAGCUUUCAUAUAUAAUAAUCAGAGAAAUUUCACGCAGUUCUCAACCGCGGAGACUUUCCUUUCGUACGAAUUGUCCCCGGAGGGAACCAAGCUUAUGGCAGAAAAUUUUGGCUUCAAAGGUGACUACAUGCAAGCCAUAAAUCCAAUGAGUUAUAGAACUUAUCUUAAGAAAGAAGAUCAUGUUACCUCCUCAUCAUCAGAAGCGAAAAGGCCCCCUAAUUCCAAAGGAAUGUCCGAAAUCGUCAAAGAGCUCACCAAAAAAGUGGAAAGUGGAGGCGGUAAACUUUAUCGUAAAGAGACAGUUGCUUUCAUCACCAAAGAGGGAGAUAAAUUUCUUCUUCAAACUAACAAAUUAACUGUGAAAGCCAAUAAAACAGUUAUCACCGUUGGACCAGCUGCUCUGAAGAAGAUCGAAGGUGACGUCAUUCAAAAUAUUACAGGUCAUCAAAUAUUUGAAUCAAUUGUUGGUGUGCCUGCUUUCUAUGGAGCAGCGGUAUAUGAUAAACCAUGGUGGAAUGAUACAACUGCCACUCAAAAGAACAACAGUUUGCAGCCUUUGGAGAAGUUCAUAUCCAGCAGUGACUGCUUGGGAAUUACCAUGCCUUACAAUGGUAAUGGAACCAGCGGAAGAGCUGUCUUGCACACAAUAGCUAAUAACGGAGGAUGCAGCGAUAAGUGGGGGAAACUUCUGGAGAUUUCUAAAUCCAAUGAUGUUAUCGACAAAGAACUGAAACGCGCUCUGAAGUACAAGUUUCAACGUGAUAUUCCCGAUCCUUUGGAGACUACGUAUAAAUAUUGGCAGGAAGGGUUUUGGUUUUUUCAGAAGCCUGGGGCCAACUUUAACUCAACGACCAUUCGGCAAUGGGCGAGACGACCGCUGAACGGACAAGAUGUGUUCUUAGUGAACAGAGCGUAUUACGAUUUCGGUGGAUAUCUGGAAUACACUAUACGAUCUGCUUUUGAGGCCGUACAAGAGGGUUGGAAUUCUGAACUUGUAAUUGAUAUAUACGAUCCGUAAAGGCGCUGAAUACUUAGAUUUUCUGAUUGAUAAUGAUGGCAUGAAAAGAAAAUCAUGGUUUUGUAAACUAGUUAACAUAGAUUAGAAAUGUUAGUAGUUUGUGCGUUUUUAGGCGUCUUAAUAAGAACCGUGUGAAUUUUAAGUUAUGUCCUAGAGGACAUUACGACACCACGUGAGAAAUCAAAAUGAGAAAAGUGAGCUAAGAACCAUUUUAAGGAAGCAUUUAGGUUAGAGGAGACUGGGUCAAAAAGUUUGCCAAAAGAUAUCGACUUCUUCCCCGGAAAAUGCCUUCUAAUUCCAAAAAUAUACAGAUAGCUUCGAAUCAGUUUAGGAAAUAUUGAUAAACUUUUUUUCGUUCUGAUAUAUCUCUCUAUUUACGUCAAUAGCGAUCAUUUUUUUCCCUGAUUAUUUUUUACUGAAGUAUUACAUGAGGUUUUGUCGAGUGUCAGUACACAUAGAAAACAAUCAGUGUGAUCUCCAUACAUUUAUAAAGAGACGUAAAACUAAUUCGUUCGUUAGGGAAAGAAGAAAAACGUUUUAGAGUAUAACUGAUAGAUUUAAAUAGGUGAUAAAAUAUUCUUGUUCGUUACCUGUCCCACAAAGGUCUUGUUUGUUUGUGUUUGCAUUUAAAAAAGCUCUUUUUUCGAAGGCGGCUUAAGUAGCGUUCAUGUUCGGUUUCGUUCGCGGAAGAAUGGCCAUGUUGGGGGAAAGCUCUCCUUUUUUCGAGAAGUGCUACAUAAUGAAGACCCAAGACCCAAAACAGAAGAUCCACGCAAACUAAUGAAAAACAAGAUGGGGAUAAUGGCUGACUCAUGAUAAGUUCGGCUCUCAUUGCUGUGUGCGUGUGAGGCCUACAGCGGCUUCGAACCUUUUAAAGGUUUCCGAUUUAAACUAUUAAUUAUAUGAUAGCAAACUGCCCAUAGCCGCCUUCUGUUUUCUGCGAAGCGUUACCGCUAUGCGAUCAAAUGAAAUGUAGUUUAAGCACUUUUGUAAAUGCUUCAACCCAUUCAUGUCUUUGGGAGCUCGUCUCUCGACUAACUGGAUGGUACUGGUCCAUGACGAUAAACUAUUCAAACAGUUUCGUUCAAAAUAGUUCAUUUUUGUACUUUCAAUACUUUCCGAUGUGUACCACUUGAGGACGACGCUUGCAGAUAAAGUUCAAUUUGAAAAUGUUUGAAACCUUGUUUAACAGGUUCAUGUUUCAUGAGCCAAUCGGAUGCGAGCGUGACAGAUUUCCCAGAUCAUAGUCUUAAAUGAAAUAAAUUUUAUUUGACCUACGAAUGAAAAUCAAGGAAACCAAUUAUUCUAGUACGUGAGCUGCAAUAACCACAGUUAUUUUAGAAACUUACCCCCUUUAUAUUUGUGAUUAGAAUAGAGUCGGAGAAGGGUCUGUGCCGAAGUCAGGCUUUGUCUUUGACAUACAGGCGAAAUAAUAUGAUUUGAAAUAUCUAAGUCAUAGAAAAGGUGGAUCUUGAA